AAUACACGGUGGUAAGUGAAGUCUUAGAUUCGAGGGGCAAUGGAUAAGCGUUUAAAAGUAUAUUAUUAAAACAAUCUAGAAAAUAUGUAAAUUAUUGACAAAUUAUUUCCAGGAAUGGCAGAUACACGUCGAAAAGUUCGUGUGUAGGAUUCCCUCCCAACCGCUAGAUGGAAGCAGCACUUCCUGUAGUGCUGCAAAUAUUAAAACACUUUUUGUGCUGCAAGCACGUACGCCUCUCCCUGGCUUUUAACUCUUUCCCGGUGUACAACAUGUCCGCUUUCUGCUUCCAGACCCAACUCGUAUCCAUUAUGGACGCGUUGUCCAAAGCAGCCGUGAUGGAGAUUGGAAAGCUGGUGGAGAUCGAGUCGAAGAUGCUAAAAAUUGAGAUCACCCGCGGGCGGAACGAAGUCGCCUCCCUCACCGAGAAGCUGCAUCUAAUGGAGAAACUGCUCCGUAUGGCACAGAGAGGCAAGCAGGACACAGGGGUCGGCUUGGAGAACUCGGUGCUGCUGGAGCCUGACAGGACAAGACCUGUCAUUAAGAGUGACUUUCCAUGGGACAACAAUAACUCAUCCCCUUUGCAAGAAGAGGAGACUCCGGCGUUUGAAUCAGCUCAAGAGCAACCUGAACUGAUGGUGGUGAAGCAGGAGCCAGUAGAGGUGGAGGAUGGAGAGUCUGAACAGGAGAGAACACCGGAAAAUACAGACACCCAGAAGAGCCCAGAUGUGAGCCAGCAUUCUAAAGAACGCCUUCAGCCAGUGUUCCCCGACUGUAUUGUGACCCUGAACGCACCCCCAUCUCUCCCUGCACCCGAACACAGAAAUGCACAGUGGAAUCCACAGCUUCCACCUGGACACACAAACCAAGAACCCGCCAAAAGCAGCCCCCAGAUUGUCGCCUCUCCACUCAGGAGUGUGAAGAUGCACAACCUGAGGAACUCCACCGCUAAGAAGUUCGGUUGCCUGCAGUGUGGCAAGAGCUUCAGGUGUUACAGCCAGCUUGAAAUACACCAGAGGAGUCACACGGGAGAGAAACCUUUCAGGUGCACCUUGUGCGGGAAGCGAUACGCACAAAAAGGGCAUUUAUAUACGCACCAGCGCACUCACACGGGAGAGAAGCCGUACCGCUGUCCCGUUUGCGGAAAGGGCUUCAUCCAGAAGUGCACCCUCGACAUGCACCAGCGUACGCACACGGGAGAGAAACCGUUUGUUUGUGUGCAAUGCGGAAAGGGUUUUACAAAGAACUGCAACCUGAAAAAGCACCUUUUAGUCCAUCUUGAUCCAGAUUUGCAGAUGUAUGGUAAUCAGUCAACUGCGGCCUUCAGGCGCAACUCGGAAAGGGCAAAGUCUUCCACCCCACAAUGCACCGCGGCGCAGCUAACAGCUAACUGUCAGAGUACUAUCCACUCCCUCAGCUUUUGUCUGAUACAUGAGGGACGUAGCGGGGGCGAAAUCUCUAUUUACACUGCGCCUCCAGCCGCCGAUAUGAUGUGCGACACCAGCAACCGAAAUUUCCGAACGCAGCUAGCGGUUAUACUGGAGAAGAUAACCAAGACGGCCCUGGUGGAGAUAGGAAAUCUGGCGGACGAAUUCUCCUCCGUGCUCCUGGGCGAGAUCUCCCUGCACAAAAGCGAGAACGAGGCCCUGAAGAAGAAGUGCUACUCCCUGGAGGUGCAGCUGAGGGCCGCCCGGGAGGCGCAGUACUACCCGGCACAUGUCAACAACAUCGGCCGCAGGAAUCCCGAAGGUCAAGAGCCACAUAAAUCCGACCAGCAGCAUCAGCAGGCCGCCCCAGCUAUCGAUGGCGUCUUUGGGAAGGACUGGUGCAUGGACUUGUGGAGAGAAGACAAACGAGUCCCGCCUCAGAGGAAAGAGACGGUGGAGCCUGUCGCCAUGUCCAGCAUGGGAACACAGGUGUUGGACAUAAUGGACCGAGAACCCGACCUCAUUUUUGUCAAGGAGGAAACGUAUGACGAUCAUCCCCUCGGCCAGCAGAGAAGGAUGACAGAUAACCGGAAAGAUAUGGGGAUGCUCGAGGCCGAGAGCGCCCUCCAUCGAUCCGUCAGUGAACUGCAGCUUCAUUCAGAGGAUUUGAGCAGCUUCCCCUUGAUGGUGGACGGUCAAGCUCAGCGCUCGCAGCCAAGCAUUAUGGACAAACUGAUCGAGGACGCAGCGAUGAGCACGAUGCUCGACAACAACACAAACCCUCCCGCCACGAGCAGCGAAUACGUCGACUACACAAACGCCGCCGCCAAAGAUUUCGUCAGCUAUCCACCAAAACCCACAAGGCCACCUAAGCACUUCCAGUGUCUCUUCUGCGGUAAAGUGUUCAACUAUCUCAGCAGCCUGAAAGUCCACGUCAGACGCCACUCGGGCGAGAAGCCUUUCAGCUGUACGGUCUGCGGUAAGCGUUUCGCCCAGAAGACGUACCUGAAGCUUCACCAGCGCGUCCACUCCGGAGAGAAGCCCUACAGCUGUCCGGACUGCGGAAGAAGUUUCUCGCAGAAAAGCUCCCUGAACAUUCAUUUUCGGACGCACACGGGGGAGAAGCCGUACAGCUGCGUGGACUGUGGGAAAUGUUACGCUUACAAGUACGGUUUGAACCACCAUCAGUGUUUCAAUCACAUGAAGAACACCUAGACAGGAGCAGACCUGUACUUCUGCUGAGGCCUGUGCCGACGUGUCUACCAAGGAGUGUUAGGGCCACACUGAAAAGAUAAAAAAAAAAAACAUAAAUAAAUACAUAAAAUGACAAUAAGGCAGACAUUUCACAACAAUAAAAGGUAGCAUUUUUUUAAAUAGGGCUGCAUGGCGGACGAGUGGUUAGCACACAGGCCUCACAGUUAGGAGACCCGAGUUCAAUUCCACCCUCGGCCAUCUCUGUGUGGAGUUUGCAUGAAUGUGUUUACUCCGGUUUCCUCCCACAUUCCAAAAACACGCUAGGCUAAUUAGCGACUCCAAAUUGUCCAUAGGUAUGAAUGUGAGUGUGAAUGGUUGUUUGUCUAUAUGUGCCCUGUGAUUGGCUGGCGACCAGUUCAGGGUGUACCCUGCCUCUCGCCUGAAAACAGCUGGGAUAGGCUCCAGCACCCCCCGCAACCAAUGUGAGGAUAAGCAGUAGAAAAUAAAUGAAUGACUGAAUAAACAACAAUGCCACAACAUAAAGAACACCAAAAAACUGCUGCUAGUGGAAACGGACUCAACAGCGCCUCUGGUGGUUGCAGCGAGUAGUGCAAUCCCUUUUGCCUCAAAUGCUUCAAAACAUAAAAAAACACAAAACUCAUGCUCAUUUCUAGUCCAUAUUGCCUGUAAUAGUUGGUAGUGAUAUUUUCAUACAGCCAAAGGAAUUCCACUGAGGCAACACUGACCUGUUGUACUUGACACAACUUAUCAACAGAGGCCUGGAACUUUUCUUAAAAACAGCAAUUGAGAGAAAAAAAAGAUAACCUGUGCAUCUAAAUUUCCCUAUGUUUUGAAAUAAUAUGGAAAAAGUAAUAAUUUUACAAGAAUAAAUUUACGAAAUUAUGAAAUAAAUGUAUAAUACUACAAAAAUAAUCUAUUAGUCAAAUUACUGUAAAAUAAGUCUCAGAAGUCCCAUAAUGGGCUGCACAGAGGUCAAGUGGUUAGUGCACAGGCCUCACAGCUAGGAGACCCGAGUUCAAUUCCACCCUCGACCAUCUCUGUGUGGAGUUUGCAUGUUUUUCCGGGUACUCCGGUUUUCUCCCACAUUCCAAAAACAUGCUAGGUUAAUUGGCGACUCCAAAUUGUCCAUAGGUAUGAAUGUGAGUGUGUAUGGUUGUUUGUCUAUAUGUGCCCUGUGAUUGGCUGGCCACCAGUCAAGGGUGUACCCCGCCUCUCGCCUGAAGACAGCUGGGAUAGGCUCCAGCGUUCAUGUGACCCUUGUGAGGAUAAGCGGUAUAGAAAAUAGAUGGAUGGAGUCGUAUUACAAAUAAAAAUAAAAAAUAUUUUCCAAAAUAAAAUUAAAAAAUAUAUAUACUUUUACAUAAAAAAUUAUGUAAAAUCAGGAUAUGUAUUAUUUUUUACAUGUAUUAUUUUACAACAAAUUAACAAAUAUUAGAAGGAAAACGUCUAUAAUAACUGACAUUGUGUAACUAUUACAAUUAAAAUUGUGUUUCCUUUUCAGUGUCACCCUAACACUCUUUCAUGAAAGGUCAUAAAUUGAAAAAAAAAAAGUAAGUAUCUGUAAAUUUGCAACAGCCAAACAAGUAGAGAGCAUUUCUGCAUUAGUUUUAUUUUCUUGUGGUUGACUGAUUAUUCCCUUCAAGAGGCUUUAUUGUGUGUGUAUACAACACAGUUCACAUGAGUUCUAUUUGGAACAAUUUAUCGCAGCACUUCACAGAUGUGAACACGGGCCAAAUACAUUGUGGUGGUCAACCAGAUAGCGCUUUUAAUGGCACUUAUUGUGAAUACCUCAUCGAACCGCUGACCUCAUCUGCAUGGCAUGUUCUCGUACAUUUGCUGUAUGUUCUUUUAAAUACCUCCUCCAAGGCCAUCCAAAAGGUCUGGUCUAGUUUAAAGCUACAAUAAUACAUUGUUUGCACACAUAGCGAAACUACCUCGUCACAUUUUUUUAAUACAGUGUAAACGCACAAUUUCUGUACUUGUGAAUGAGCUUCAGUCUGUUUUUUUUUUUAAUUUCUUGUGCCUGAAAGGGGGUGAAUAAGAUUACAACAUAGAUGUAAUGGUGCAAUUUAUUCUUUGCAAGAAAUCCCGCUUCAACUUUUCUUUGAUUUAGUAUCAGGAAUGGGAUUUUAAAUGUUAUUUAUGGGAAAAUGGUGAGAUAUUUCUUUAGCAUUUAUCACCAUAAAACCUGACAAACUGCCUUGUAAUGAAACAACGCCAGAGUAUUGUUUCGUUUCUUGAUUAGCGUGCACUUGCCAUAAUAGAAAUGACCCCCUCCCUGUAUUGUUUUUUUCCUUGUUGCAUGUUCAGAUUUAACCCACCCCCUCCCCCCCGCCGCCAUGAUCGUGAGGUGUUAAAAAAUGUGCAAACGUUCAAUCAAGUUCAGUGCAUUCUUCAUUCAAAACAAAGCACACUUGUAUUUUUGAGGGAUGUUUUAUUUAAUAAAUCUCUUACCUCCCGA